AUGUACAGCGAAAGUGACACGGAUCUUUCGCAGGUAACUGUUGAAGACAAACGUCGUAAGAAUAUCAUAGACAAUCAAAAUUUUCUUGAAAGUCUUAAACUAUUAAAUGUUCGUGAAGAUUUAAAAUCAGCUGUGAACUUAACAACAACAACAAAAACCCUACGAAAAGCAUAUAAACGAAAAGAAAAUAUCCAUCAAUCAGAAAGACGCCGAAGUUCACGCAUCCAAACAAUGUCUCGAACCAAUUAUAAUAAUCAAUGUCUUGCCGAUGAUGAAGAUUGUGAAUCGUCAGCUGAUGAAAGCUCAAGUGACGAAGACGAUGAUUUAAGUUCUGCCUUCGUGAGCAAAAUGGAUACAGAUUGGCAACCAUCAAGUUCAGGAAAGCUACCUGCUGCGAAAAAUAUGCGACCGAUUCGUAAAGUUGUCAAAACCGCUCCUGAUCAUGCGAAAAUGUUUCUGCCAAAUACUGGAUUAGAAGCAUCGAAAGUCUUAUCUAAAAAUAAAUUUCGUAAAUCCUAUGUAUCUAAAAAAUUGAAUGUUGCUAUAUCAUCAUCAUCAUCGGAAGAUUAA